CAUAGGGACAGCUAAGUGCCUCACAGAGGAGUCAAGGUGUCUCAUUUCUGAAGUGAGACUAGGAGGAGAAAAUGAACAAUUCCCUGGAUUACCUGGCCUACCCUGUUAUCGUCUCUAAUCACAGGCAAAGCACAACCUUCAGGAAGAAACUGGACUUUGGCCACUACAUAUUACACAAGAAUAGAGUACAAAUAGUGAAGCCUGCUGUUGAUACCAGACCUCCAGUGGCGCACACACAUCACAUUUUAAAAUUGAGCAAACUCCAGGGUGAACAAAAGAGAAUUGACAAGAUCGAAUAUGAAAAUAAACAACUAUGCCAGAAAAUCGCCAACGCCCAUCGCGGCCCCGCCAAGGUGGACUGCUGGAAUGAGUAUCUUUCGAAAAGCUUAAACAGAGAAGCAAGGAACCGAGAGCUAGUGAGAAUCACCAUGGAAAACCAGGGCAUUCUAAAGAGGCUGGGUGACCGCAAACCUCACUAUGACCGCAGGGUGUCGGAGGUGGACUGGCAGAAUUCAAGGCGCUAUAUCAGAAACACAACAAGAUACCUUAUCUCCCAGCAAGAAUAGGAAGGAAGAAGUGGAUACCCAGACUCUCCAAAGAAUAGUGCUGCUGUGGGUAUCCCCUCCUUUCUCCUCCUCCUCUGCCUCCUCCUCCUCUUACCUGUCCUCCCCCUCCCUUCCUCUGGACAUAAGGUUACUCACCAUGGAAAAGACACAGA